CCGGUUCCCUCUAAUUCCGUUGGUUCCAUUUCCUUCUCCAUUUUCGUUUUCGUUUUCCUCUGAGACGGAUAAGCUAAGCUUCACAGACUCAACUUUUCUAUCUUCCAUCCUGAUCCUCCUCUGGCAAUUCAAUCGCAGGCCCUCUCCUUUUUCCUCAGGGAGCAUCAGGGCUCUGCUUUACGAUCUGAUCUGAUUUUCUUCAAAACACUUAUGCAUGUUUUUCUAGUGAACUGAAUGCUAUUCAUGCGCUAAGAGCAUUCUGCCUGUCCCUCUGCGGAAUCGGAACAUGGGUUUGGUGUUUACGAAAUUGUUUUCUUCUCUAUUUGGUAGCAAGGAAGCUCGAAUACUUGUUCUUGGUCUCGACAAUGCGGGAAAAACAACAAUUCUCUAUCGGCUUCAGAUGGGCGAAGUUGUCUCCACUAUUCCAACAAUUGGGUUUAAUGUUGAAACUGUGCAAUACAACAACAUUAAAUUUCAAGUCUGGGAUUUAGGUGGGCAAACAAGUAUUAGGCCUUAUUGGAGGUGUUACUUUCCAAAUACUCAAGCAAUCAUCUAUGUUGUUGAUUCAAGUGACGUUGACAGGCUUGUGAUAGCUAAGGAAGAGUUUCAUGCUAUCCUGGAGGAGGAGGAGCUUAAAGGGGCGGUUGUUCUCAUUUUUGCAAAUAAACAGGACCUUCCAGGGGCCCUUGAUGAUGCCGCGGUGACAGAGGCUUUAGAACUACACAAGAUUAAAAGUCGCCAAUGGGCAAUUUUUAAAACUUCUGCCAUAAAAGGCGAAGGAAUUUUUGAGGGGCUGGACUGGUUGAGUAAUACGCUCAAAUCCGGAGGUGGCUAAGCCUGGCACUGUGUCAGAUCCAAAGAUGAGAUGCUCCAUCUGACCGAUGUAAAAGGAAGGCUGACAUGUAUUUUCUAGUUUCUAUAACUUACACAGUAAUCUAUCAUGAAUGAUUUAUAUUUGCAAGAUCAUUUUAUUCAUUUCUCAUAUACAUGUAUAUGUGUUUGUGUUGAUAAACAUGAUGAACUCUGAUCACUUGGCUGUCGUGAGCGGCAUUUUUCUUGGGCUUUUUAUUAAUGUUCUCUCAUUCUAUCCUUGUUUUAUCCUGGGAAAA